AGGGCAAGUUGUGUUGGGAAGAUGCCUGCAGUGAGCAGCUCUUCUAAUAUUAACUGUUUCCUGGAGGACUGUGGGGACAGAUUGAGCAUUAGAAGAAAAUUGAUGUAUUUUUUGCAUCUUGAAUGGACUAAGCCACGUGAAGUAGGCACUGCGGCUGUUGUUGGGUAGUAUAGCCUGGCUGAACUGAGCAGUUCGACUCAGAAGGAAGAGUUCUUUCUUCUGUGGAGUGAGUGGGGUGUUUUGCUGGGUAGACACAUGACAGGACAGGUGUUCCUGUGGUGUCACACUAUCUGAAUUGCGAGGGCUGUGCUGCCAGCUCUCUCAGCCACAGCGCUGUUCCACUCCAGCUCUGACCCAGGGUGGAUCCUCUGAAAUUGGGGCACCGAUGGCAAGGCUGGUUUCAUUCUGGUGUUGCUUAGGUUAAUGACUGGAGCUAUUUUUCACUAAGUGAUUCAUUUUGUAUUUCUACAGCAGACUGACUCCUUCCUCAGUUUCAAAUUGACCUGUGCAUGUAUGCAGACCCUGAAAGUGAGCCUCUCUGGGUACCUGAAAAAGGAAGUUAUGGGUCUCUUGAUGGUAACUGGAGAGGACAGGUCUUUCUCCCUCUCUUUUACUUCCCUGUAGUAGUUAUAAACUUGUCCCUAGUAUAUCUGAGCAUUGCGAGCUAACACCUGAUUCUCCACCCUUGUUUCUGCACCUAUUGCUUUACCAGCAGGAAGUAGGACGUGGUUUGGGGCUUUUUAUUCUUGGCCUCGCUAGCCUUUUCGAUACUUCGGGGCCUCGUCUCGUUCUGACAAGGCAAGCAGGCAGCAGCUUCCUGUGCAAAGGUGAGAGGGAACAGACAAAGACCAAACACACACGAGAGGAACAGCUCCACAGCAGACCUGAUCCUUUCCUCUCAUGCCAGCAGCGCUGGCUGGUGGGUGGAUGUGCUCUGAGCAGAGCUGUCCCCCAGCCCCUCUCCCAGCUCCCCACUCCCCUCCUAGUUGGGACAACAGCACCUGCAUUCAUCUGUCCUCGCGACCCCAUCUCUGGAGCGCCAGGUGCCUGGAGCUGGAAGGUAAUGCAAGCGAUGCCAGCCACAUGGGGGUGGCUGAUCUCAGAAGUGUCUUGGAUGGAGUUUCGGUCUGACAGGCUGAUUUUUGUCACUGGGGAGGGCUGAGUGCGUAUUUAUCUCUGUCUUUCCACAAUCCUCUCAAAUCAUACCCCACAUCUCAAAACAACGUCGUCUGGUUUCUUUCUUUCCCUUUCUCUCCCCGCUUGUCUAUGAAUGUGCUGUCAUUCUGUUUUUCUUCCUCUGAUCCUAAUCUUUUAUCAUAACUGGGAUCUAUGGUUUGCCUCAUGCCAGCCUUUUAAAAAAAACCCAGCUCCCACCUCCCCAGUAGAGUUCAGCAGUGCUGUGCCUUGUGCCCAGCCCUGUCUGCAUGGAGAGGUGAGGAUGGUUCCUUCUCCUACAGGCAGUGACAAACCUCUACGUAUGUGUGUGCAGGUGGAUGGAGAGGGGGAUGAUGCUCAUAAGCCUGUGUAUGGGGAUUGGCUGCACAGGCUUUGCAGGGAUUACCUGAUUGCAAACCUGAAAGCACACCUCUUUCCAAGGCAGUGUGGGGUCUGCUUGGCAAGAAUGGAGCAUAAUUUGUGCAUGACUGUCAUAUUUUACGCUAUGGUAAAUCUUUACUCUUCCAGAACUUGGUAAACUUCCCUGCUUUUAUCAUUUAUUUUCUGUCCCAAGCAAGCCAAUCAAAAUCUGCUUCCCAAGCCAACUUCUGGUAGUUGCAGCCCUCUCAUUCAGCAGACCCCUGGUGAUUUCAGUCCCAGGGCUUACCGAAAAAAACCACGUGUAACCACGGCAGCACUCUCCACCUGAGUCAGCAGCAGCCUGAAACAGUGUGUGCAGAGUACUGUGCACUCACACACGUCUCCAGAAGGCAUCAACUCUGCAAACAGUCCAUCUGUGUUGCUCUGUGGAUGGUUUCAGCGCUGAGCAAAGCAACACUAAGGCAGGAGAAUGAUGAAGUGCUGAGGAAAAACAGAUGAGAGUAGAAGGGGCAGGAGUUUCUGAGUGUGGAAGACAAACACUUGUUCUGAGCUCAGGGAGAGUGGAUACCCAAUGUGAGUUGACAGCUUCUUAAUUAGCACUGCUGAAUGAGGCUGUGUGUGGGGGGGACCUUCUCUCUUUCAGUGUGUUCCCAGAACAGAUGAAGCCCUUCUCACUGCCUCUGCACCACCUCUGGCUGCUCAGCCUGAUUCCUCUCUCUUUGGCAUCAGACUCUAAGCAAGGCAACUCCAGUCUCUCUUGUUGGUACGACUCGAGGGCAGCUCUCCUUUGUGACUGGAAAUCUGGCAGGGACCUUGCUGAUGCACCGUGCAAUCUGACGAUUAUAUCCAAGUCUGAAUUUUGUGACAGGUCAUAUUCAUCAUCUAAAAGAUCUGAGUAUUGUGCAUUACCCAAGGCAGAGCACAUGACUGGACUGAGGAGAUGCAUCAAGAUUUUCAGCAAAGACUAUAAUAUGCAAUGCUUCACUGCCUCGGAUCGUCUUACCAUGUCUGUGCACUGCCAGAUUGGGGAGAAUAGGUCUAUACCUGCACGACUGGAAGAUUUCAGACCACUUCAAAAUAUAAAACUGUGGCCUCCAGGAAAUCUUCAGCUGUUCACCAAAGCUAAAAACACCUACAACUUAACAUGGAGCCUGAAUAUUUCCUCUCACUACUUGAAUGGGGAGCGGCAAUAUGAAGUGCGGUACCGAACCACAAGUCAGUCUUGGGAGGAGGCCAAUACCUUCAUCAUUAGUCAGGACCAGAUGUGGGCACCUUUUGAAAGACUCUCUCCCAACAUGAAGUACGAGGCAGCUGUCCGUGCAAAGCCAAGUGCCUCAAGUACUUACAGAGGUGUGUGGAGUGACUGGAGCAAGACAGUACUGUGGAGCACACAUGUUGAAGGAACAUCUCGACCAGUCCUGCCAGCUAUUAUAGUGAGCACGUGCAUCUUUGUGAUCAUUGGGUCUGCCGUCCUUAUAAACUUACGGACCCCAAGAUGGUUUAAGAAGAUCCUGAAGAUUCACAUCCCAGAUCCUGAGAAGUUCUUUCCCCCACUCAUCUCUGUUCAUGGAGGUGACAUUCAGAAAUGGCUCUCCUCCCCAUUCUCCACAUCUUCCAUGUGUGUGAACAAUACAGCCCCAGAAAUCUCAAUGCUGGAGGUGAUGCAGAAGAAUGAUCAGGAAACCCAGCUUUCCAAGGAAACCCUGGCACCUGAUCCUCCUUCAGAAACCAGUGGGCACUCUGUGUCCAGCUGCUUCACCAACCAGGGCUACUUCUUCUUCCACCUUCCCAACUCCUUUGAGAUUGAGCCCUGUCAGGUCUACUUCACAUAUGACCCUUUCACCCAGGAGAACAAUGGCAGCGAAGACAGUGAGACUUACCAAGAUCUUCCCUCCCCAGACCUCUGCACACUGGCAGAGGACAUGCCAGUGUUGCCCUACAAUUUUCUGCACUGUGUAAAUGGGAUCCAAGGCUUCCAAAAUAUCUCCUUUGUGGCAGAGACACCAGGUGAAGCCCAGUGGGCCGUGGCUUCCCCGUCAAGAGCAAGCACCUCACCAACACCAGCUGUGAGGCAGGAUGAGCAGAUGACUGACAAAGCAGCUUUACAAUCUUCUGAGGCCCCAUGCCAGGUGGACAUAGACUUUCCUGACUCACCAGACCUGCACGACAACAAUACUUCUGAUAUAUCAAGUGGGAAAGCAGGCCCUCCAAUUGAUCCCAGUGCCCCGGCAACACAUGCUACCUCUUCCUUUUCUCAGCCUACAACUCUAAGGCAAACCCAGGAUGAGGAUCUUUGCAGAACAGCCUUCUCCAGCCAAGUGCCAAUCACUGGUGCCUACCUUUCUCUUAAGGACCUCCAAAGCCAAUACAGCCAUGGCUCUGCCUAGGAUCAGCAUGGGGGAAGUCUACAAGCAGGAAAGACCUUAUAUGCAGGGAAGACUAGAUGGAACUUUCUCCUAUUUAGAGCGUGAAUAUAGUCUCCAGUCACUGAACCACUGGAACUGUUCUUUAAUGAGGCUUGAGAACAGAGUUACUCUAGAGGGAUGCAAAACUGUGGAAGGAAUAUGGUGGACAAGGUGUAAAUUCAUAGAUGGGGCUGCUGACAAAAUGCAUGAAGACAUCUCUUCCUGACUAACCAAGAGUGUCUUUUAUUGUUUUCCUAUUAUGUUCUUCCUCAUUUCAGGUUUUAAUCAGAGCACAUUCUGAAUUGCUCAGUCUAGUUGUAGACUCAGGUCUCUAAGAUUAGCUCAGAGCCAUAACUGUGUCAGCUGUCUAAGCAGUGCAGUGUAAAAAGAAAUCCCCAUUAUUGGGUUAAAAAUACUGGGGAAAUCCCCCUCCCCUUCCACUUUCUCCCCCAAGUCUGAUGAUGGCAGUAAAAAGAACACACACAAUUUCCCAUUCUUGCUGCAAUAUUUUUCAUGAAAUCGAAAGCCUUUCUGCCCUUCUGGCAAAAUACCAUUAUUUGACUACGAUAAGCUGAUUGCAGAGUAGUUCAUUCCACAUCCUGUAUUAGUGGAAAACGUCGUAAAGGUGCUGCCCAUUCCUUCCAUUGCUCAGGGGAAACCAUUUCCUACUUAGCAGCAAAGAUAUGGUAAAUGGGCCCAGAAAUCUGACUCACAAAUCAGCACCUUCAUUGAAAAGAAAACUUCAUGCACAAAAAAAAAGAAGACUGCAAAGACUACUUUUUUCUUUGCAUUUGCUGAACUGGGUUGAUAAACAGCAAUAACACAGAAGAGAUGUGUUAAGGCAGAGCAAGACAAUCUGUUCUGCUUCCAUCCAUCCUUGCAUCCAACAUCUGUACUGUCUGUCUCUUCUCUUGCCAUGUCUCUGGUCUACUCAGUAGUGAGAAAACACCAACCCAUUGCUAAAGAACUUUCUAUUAAGAUCAAAAUCUUUCAAGGUUAUCAAACCUCUUGGUAUUUUUGCCACCCCUUUGAGUAUCACCUCAAAGGAGCUGCUCAAAGGACUUGACCCUGCCUACAAGAGAGAGGUUUGGGACAGUCCUUAUCCUCUGCUCAUCAACUUCUUCAUCUGCCUCAAGAUGUGGACCAACUCUAUGCAUCCAGAAAAUAGCAGGUGAAGAAAACCCCACAGCUUCCCAUAUGAGCAAGCACAAGAUUUGCACAGCUAUUUUCUGUGCUUUGGGAUUCUUUCCAGAUGGAGCUCAAAAAGAGACACCGAAUCCCUUGAUCCAACAGGCAAAUAGAUAUCUUACAUAGGCCAAGGAUCCUAGUUGUAUUGAUGGUUCUCCUGUCCCUGUGUAGAUCUUCAUAAGCUUCUCAAUUAUUCUUGCUGCUAUGAUGAGUAUAAAAAACCUACCCCUUUUUACUCUUUGUAAAUAAAGGAAAUACUAAGGAA